GACCGACAACAACUUUCGCGUGUCAGAUUUAUUUACCCCCCAUGGCGUUAUGAGUUUACUUAGUAUUGAAUUCGUAGACCCAGAAAGUCUCGAGAUAAAAAAUGAAGCGAUCGAGGAAGAUAUUUCCAAUGCUUAUUCCGAAAAAUCCUGUUCAGACUCUGGCGUUCCUAAUGCAAAAUGUGGCGAAAUAUUCACCUCAAGCAAUUCUGGUUUUAUCUUGAUGUGUGUGUUCUGCGGAGGUUGUUACAGAAAUGUUCCGGAAUUUGGAGAUCAUAUGCAUCAAAAUCAUAAAAAUCAAGACGAGGAUCUCUACGAAUGUCUUUGGGAUAGCGGAACUAAAGGGAGUGUGGACAAUGGAGAUGAAGAGUCGGACAUCAAUGAUUGCGAGGCGACUGAGGAGGAGUUUGAAUGUAAGAAUUGUAGAAAAUAUUUCAGGACGCACCUGCUACUCGAGCAGCAUAAAUGCCAACCUAUAAAUAGUCAGCGCAUUUCGGGAAAUGGAGAAGAAGGUGCUGAGGAAGUUGAUUCUAAGGAUCCAGUCAAGAACACGCCAUCAAAUUCCAACUGGUCUUGCAAUUUCUGCAACGAACAGUAUCACAGCCAGCAGAUGCUGCAACAGCACAAAUGUAAACACAGUAAAGAGUCCAAAGAAAAGCCUAUUGUGAAGGAAACACCAGACGUUCUCGAAGCAACCGAAGAACCUUCACAACAAGUCGAGAAGAAGCAUUCAGACUUUGCCUGCCAAACUGAUUUCGAAGAUGACCCAGACAAGCCCGCCAAUAAACCUAAAAAGCCACAAAGGAAGAAGGUAAACCCAGAUUUUUACUGCGAAAUCUGUGACCAGCUAUUCAGCUACAAAAGCUUCUUCAGAAAACACGGGAUGCGUCAUGCAGUAGCACCGAUCGCACUGCAAAAUGAUCCUGAUUAUCUGAAAUGCUGUUAUUGUGGUUUGAAACUCGCAAACAACUCCGAGUGGUAUGAGCACGAAAAUUCUCACACGGAGGACAUUAAAUUCAAGUGCCCAGACUGUCCGAAAAGUUUCAAGCAAAGUCAUCAACUUAAAAUGCAUGAACGCUGUCACACGGGAGACCGGCCCUAUAAAUGUCCUCACUGCGAGGCCGCAUUCUCUAACUCCACCAACAUGAAAACCCACGUUAAACGCGUCCACCUGCGCCUAAUGCCGCACGAAUGCACCAUCUGCGGCAAGAAGUUCGUCAAACCCGGGGAACUUACAAUCCAUAUGCGCCAACACACCGGCGAAAAACCUUAUCAAUGCGAGGACUGUGGGAAAAGUUACACGCUGGCCGUUAAACUCAACGAGCAUCGCAAGCAGCACACAAAUUUGCGGGAGUCCAAGUGUCCUCUGUGUCCGAUGGCGUUUAACAGUAAAAAGAGGCUAUCCAGGCACAUGGUUAAGCAUUCAAAGUUAAAGCCCCAUAAAUGUGCAACAUGCGGUCAGGCUUUUAGUCGGAGAAACGCUUUGCUCACUCAUACUAAAAUCCAUCAAGAUGUGAAGGAGUACGUUUGCCCUAUUUGUGGAAAAGCAUUCGCUCAGCAAGCUGGACUAUAUUCACACAGAAAAUCACAUCUGAAUCCGCUAGAUUCAUAGCAUAAUUGUUGUCUUCAAGCGCAAUAUGCUUGAAAAUAUGAGCCCUUAAGGAUGGAAGUCGGUUUUUAUCAACGGGAAUCCACGGGCCCCGAAACUCUCUUCGUGAAAAUGGCAACACAUUGCUUCAAAACUAGUUAGGUGUAUAGUAUAGAAAAUUGUGCUUAAGGAACCAACUUUUGUUAUU